AUGGAGUCUCUCGAGGAAGGGGAAGUGGCCGUGACUUCGCAGCCCUCCAACGAGUCAGAGUUGCAGCUGUACCGCGUGCUGCAACGAGCCAACCUCCUGAACUACUACGACACGUUCAUCAGUCAAGGAGGUGACGACGUGCAGCAGCUGUGCGAGGCCGGCGAAGAGGAGUUCCUCGAGAUCAUGGCGCUGGUGGGCAUGGCCUCCAAACCCCUCCACGUGCGCCGGCUGCAGAAGGCGCUGCAGGAGUGGGUCUCCAAUCCCGUCGUACCGGCUCGCGUGGACGACGCCACAGCCAUGUUCCAGAUUCCGCUGAUGCCAAACCUCCCGCCCUCUGUCGCGGCGGGUUUUCCAGCCCUCACCGGUCGGGGGCUGAUGGGCACCCCCACCCCCACGCCCACCCCCACCCGCCCUUCACCGCCCAUGAUUACCGCCAGCAUCCACCCAAACCACAACUCUAGUCCAGGCAUCACUAAGGAUUCGAUGCCCAAUAUGAACAGCAACAGCGUGGGCGGCGUGCGCGACGUCUCGGGCGUGCCCUCCACCCACUCCCUGCCGCUGACCACCGCCUCCACCACCCCCGCCCUGCCCACCUCAACCAUCGCCGGCUGCACUUCCAACGCCCGUGACGGACCCUUGGGUCUGGGAGCAGCCGGGAUGGGCGGUCCUAUGCCUGGCAUGGGCGGGGCGCCAAUUGGUGGCAUGGGAGCGGGCACAGGGGGAGGCAUCGGGGGCUCAAGAGGGCCCUCCCCCCACCACACCUCCCCCACACACCCCGGCAUCAUCCCGCCCACCUCAGUCGGUCUUCAGAACUGCCACGGUACAAUGUCGGCUGAUAAGAAUGCAGAGUUUUUUCUCCCACUCAUGAAGAGCACGGGUGUUGAGCACCACCACCAGUACCCCCCUCCCCCCGGCUCCCCACUGCAGCUCACGCCUGUGCUGCUCAAUUCACAAGUGGACAGGCUGGCGGACACGGCCUACGAGCUGGUGCGCAAUCUGCCCCCGUUCGAGCCCAAGACACAACAACAACUAAACAACAACAACAAGCGCAAGAUGUCCAAAGAGCUCGAGUACAUAAUGAAUAUGAGUGAGGACGACCCGCGGAGGAUGGAGGAGAUACGCAAAUACGCCGCCAUCUACGGUCGCUUUGACUGUAAGAGGAAACCGGAGAAGCCGUUGACACUGCACGAGGUGGUGCGAGACUCCGGCUACCAGUACUCCAAGGGACACUCGAGGUCGCAGACGGUGGUGGGAGGACGCGAGGACGAGCCCAAAAACAAGCGUUCGAGAUCCGACUCUGGUCACGACGCCGGCGACCUCAAGAACGAUCUGCAGUGGAAGAAGAGACAGGAGCGUCUGGAGGCCAUCAGUGAGGAGCUGCGGCAUAUGAGCGAGCGAGCGGAGGAGGUGCGAACGAGCCUCUCCUCCGGCAGCGGGGAUGUGACGGCGCUCACCUCCCAGAUGGACGCCCUGCAGACCCGCCACUCGCAGCUCACCCUCGAACAAAAUGAACUCCUGAAGGCGCAACGCAAGGCGAAGAGUGACCGCGUCUCUGUCUGCAGCGAGGACAGAGAGAGAGGCGAGGAUUCUGAUUCACAGUUCUCCUACAGCGGCGCCAGUUCGCCUUCACAGUCGUACCUACAGCAGUUGGUGCAGGACACUCUAGUCGACGAAGGUCUCCGUGUGGUCAAGGAGUCCCUAAACCAACAGAAAGACCCUGUCUCUGGCGCCCGUAACCAAGACUCCUCUUCCUACCCGCGCGCCCCUCCACAGCAGGGGUUGCAACAGGACGGAGUAGGGGCCAAGCACAACUCGACUCCCUCAGGCACAGUGCCCACCUCCACCUCGGCCGCUCAGGGCAGACUCGUGUCCCCCCCAACCACCUACUCAGAAAUGUUCUCCUACCCAGAGAAUAAGGUGAGGAAGGUGCUCUCCUCCAGCCAGGGCAACAUCAUUGCUGUGGCCAACCCGGCGCUCUCCAUGUCUGCGGCGAUGGCCAACUCGCAGCUCAGCGACGAGGAGCGCCACAUCUCGGCGCUGUACACCCUCAGCCAGACUGCAGGGGCGUCCGCGGCAUCACGGAGUAACUCUAUCAAGCAGGAGCCAAACUCCCCCGGGGCCACCAAGCAGGAGUAGUUGCGCCGAUACAUCCUACCCGGUGAGAGGACCUUUCCCUCUUGCCAGCCUCCACAACCCUUUUCUGCACCGGGGCACCAGUUCACCGGACCUGCACCACCAACCCCCUCCGCUGGGCACUUCCCGCCCAAUCCUCAUCACCGCUACUCAGGCGUUCCUCGAGCAUGACGGGACGCAUGGAGCAUCAGAGUUCCUCCCCAGCCAACGCAACACUACCACAGCAUCUGAGCAUCGGCAUCCAAGUUUCCAGUGCUAUGGAUGAUGUACUUCACCACCACUGGAAAUAUACUACAGUUCCCUGGAGAUACAAUGAAUGUGUUAAAACCCAACUCCAGCCCCAGCCCGCCGCCUUCGGGUUCGGCGCUCCGGAGAGCCUCGUGUUUGUCUUGCUGCAGCCGCACCGCUGCGCCUGACGCACCCGAACUCUCCUCAUAUUUAGUAUUUGUAGUUAAGGUUUUUAUCCUCAGUCCAGUAGUGGUGAUCUGUCCGCAGUGAGACGCAUGCUAAAGAGAUCAACACGGACAGCAGACAAGAGUGAUUACAAGAACUCUGGUCUUGGUGUGUAAGAAUAGUGUCGCGUGCGUGCGGGUCACAGAAUAAGCCAUAUAUUGGUUGGCAAUGGAAAAGAAAAUUACGUAAGAGGACAAGUUGUAUCUAGACGUGACGUUAAUCAUUAAGUAACAUUCAUUAUAACAGUCUUGAUUUAUGUCAAAACAAAAAUAUCUGUCAAGAGAUUGCAUUAUGUUUACAGAAAAGAAAUGUGAGGCUUCAGAGUUCAUUUUGAGAUUAUGUGUUUUCGCAGAAGUUAUGAAAUGCAUUGUCUUUAUGUGAAGUUUCAGAAACUUCUUGAGACUUUUGCCAAAGAAUAGUCGAGAAUUAAGUAAAUGCAGACUGCUUGGAGCGUCGUCGCUGAUGUGGAAGAAAGUAACUUCUGGUUCCUUAACAGUACAAUGUGAACACUUAUAAUUUUGUUCCCCAGACAGAUCAGAUAGUUACUUAAACAGUUCUUAAGCCUGGGAACACUCCAAGCCCAGCAUCCCUCACAGCGGAGCACACGACAACCCACCGUGCAGGACCUGCGCGUGGACACCCUCGAGGAACUUCAACAAAUUACUCGAAGCCUCUUUUUUUUAGUACAAGUAUGAAGCCGUCAAGCACCCUCACCUCAGUACUCUACGGUAGCCUCGUCUGCCGCCUCCCCUGCAUCUCCAGACACCCCCAUCUCACUCAUGUCUCGCAGGGGGAGGCCACAGGAGGCCCAUUGAAGAUAUCAAGCCGGUUUGCAUAUUGAUCUCAGCCUGACCGUGACCGUUAUGCGUCAAGGAACACAUGGGAUCGCCACCUUACAAUAUCCUAGACACUGAUUUAAAAAGAAAAAAAGAAAAGAAAGAAAAGAAAAAUGCCAUUAUCAUUCGUACUCCAAGCUCAGGACUACAAAAUCUGUCGUCAAGUUAAUUUCACUUUGAGUAAUCAUUGACUUGAUGAUCUGUAUGCCGCAUUCACGCUUGGCGAUAGACUUUUUCUGUUGUCCUUACUAUUAGCACGAAAUUAAAUACCUACCUAUCAGAUUCCCACAGUGAUGCACCCGGAAUGGAACUCCAGGAAGUUGAGGUGAAUUUGGUCAACUUUGCUCUGUUGCCGUGAUUCUGUUUUCUCUGUCCAUUAUUUCAAGCCUCAGCUGCGAUCUGUAGUUCCUUGUUACUCGUGGCACCCAGCCAGACCCUAACACUGUGAAGCGUUGUGGGGUGGGCAGUGGGACAGCCGGGCGGUGCUUAAACAGUGCGUUGAAAAUCCAUUCUAGUGUUGGUAAGGCCCCAGUCCUGGCAGUCAUCGUUAUCAUCAGUCACCAACAUAAUCACACACGCAAGCAAGCACGGGGGGACCGGCUUUCAUAAACCUACGUUGGUGUGGCCUAGAGGGGGUGUGAGGCGUUAGCGCUUACUCAGCUUGCCUCCAAUAUACAUACCUCCCUUUCCCCUCAGCCGCUCUCCCAAAACUCGCGAUAUGCUGUACACAACAUGUCAUGCAGUUUUCGUGCUUCAUCCCAGAUUUUCCUCCGCCUCGAGUAAAGUAGGCUCCUCAUGUACCCAGCCUCGAACUCGGGGCUUUCUGACAAUUGCGUGGGAGUUGACUGUGAUAAGUGAGCGACGCUGCCAGCCACACGGGCGGCGGGUGCUGUCCGGUAUUCGACUCAUCUCUCCAGCUCGAGGCUUCAAGGUGUGGCACUUGACUGAUUCCAUCACAGCUAUAAUUUGUUCAUCUCUAAAUUAAAACAUGUAAAUAUAUUUUCGCCUCAGCUAGGUAAAUGAAAACUGAGUGAGCGUGAUCAAGGUGUAUCACGAACUCAACAGGCAAGACGUCCAGCUACGAGGUCUCGAGACAUGGAGUGCUGAGUCGAGCAGGACAGACGAUAAUUGCUUUGCAUUUGUGAACUUUAGGCGACGAGAUACUGAUUCCUGUAGUAAGUGUAGAUAUUAACUUAGAAUGAUGUACUGUAGUUCACAUGGCUUCCUUAGCGGAGCCUAGUCGGUGUACCUGUCUACAAAUUAUGUAAAGUGGAGAGCGGGAGUGGGUUCUAUUUCUAAUGCUGAUGAAACUGCGAUUUGAAAGACAUCUGAAUCAUUGUGGCCACCUGACGGAGGCCAGGAGGUCUUGCUAGUCUGCCCCUGUCGGCGAUCCAGCAACCCCUUGGCCGGCCGCACCGCCGCGGAGCCGCCACCCACAGGCGGACCGUCAAAUACUGAUUUUCGAUAGCCCAGACAUGUCACAACAGCUGCGCGCCACAAGUGUCUGGUGCAAUUAUUUCUUUGUAUCUCUUUGGUUAGGAUCUAGUCCUCCCUUUCACUCAGUACAAUGUUAUAUUUCGCAUUUUGGAGAGAAAAAAACUAGUGGAGGAUGUUUUAAUUUAUUAUUGUCUUUAUUAUUAUUAUUAUUAUUAUUAUCAUUAUUAUUAUUAUUAUUAUUAUUAUUAUUAUUAUUAUUAUUAUUAUUAUUAUUAUUAUUAUCGUCAUUAUCAUCAUCAUCAUCAUCAUCUAACUGUAAGAACGAAGUUUAGAGUCAGUAGGUCGCAGCGAGUAAUUGUUCUGCCUGUCACUGUUCGGAACACCAAUGAACGUGCGUACCGCAAUGGAGGGAAGCCAGUGUUGAAUGCACCUCCAUCAAGCUUGACCUGAAACCCGAAGCUGCAGGUCCGUCCCGAGAGGUAGGUUGUCGGUCGGUGUCCUGAGUCGCCAGGGACCGCCGGGAGACGACGGUGAAAAAUAUCGAAAAACAUUUUUGACACAAUUUUUUUUAUAUCUAGUGGCCUCUGUAGACUACCUCGAUGCUGAUCCCUGAUAAAAUACGGUUUAAAGCUGGGUCUGGUCCCCUGAGGUAAUGAGGUCAACGGAAUUAAAAGAUUUGUCAUGUUAAGAGCACUUGUCCGAUUCUUUAGUUCAGUAGUGUAAACAUUUUUUUCGUCAGGGCUCUAGUUCUCCACAGGGAAUCAACCCGAGUUAAUCAAAGCAUAACUCCAGCUCGGAAUCGUUUCAAAUAUCGUCGCCUGAUACUUUUUAGUGUGUGCGUAUGUAUGUAUAUUUUGAUUAGUUUUCGUGGCACGUGUAAGACCCACACAUGUUGCAGGCAUAAGAUGAGGGAAAUAUUUCGUUCACUUGAUGUAUAGGGUUUGGACUGAAUUAAACAUACAGUAUCAUGUGCUACUAUAGUGCAAGCAACUAAGUGCACAAAUAACACCAGUAAUUACACCAAGUGAUAUAAAGGCAAAAAAUUAUUUUAUUAUCUGAUGAGUAUGGCAUCAAUUUUCUUUUACGGGUGAAUCAAAGAAAGCGUGAUCCCCAUUUUCUAUCAUUUUGUAAUCUACUACUGUAGUAUUGUACGUAAACAUAUGUGCCUGCAUUACUCUAAUACAAACAUUUGAAAUGUAUAUAUAUGAAUUUAAAACCAUGUAUAUGACGAAUAGAUACAAGAACGAUAUAUACAUGUAUAAACAGUUCUAGAUCAUGCGCAAUUUGCGGUGUUGAGAAAUCGCUGGAUGAAAAGGUGUCACGUGACUCAGUAGCUACCAGUCAGCUUCACCCAGACGAGUCGAGCAGUAUUGUCUCGAAGCUUGUAACAUCCGCCGUGUUAGUAUGACAUUAUUCAGCCAUGGAUUAUACGCUGAUAGUGGUGAAUCUGCACUGUGACUGAAACAAUCAUUACUGAAGCUGCAGACAGGUAUGUGAAGUGACAUGAAGUGGGUAUUACCGAGACUGGAGACCUCACGGCCUGAUAGGAAGCCAUUUUAUAUUGGUGAAAGUCCUUGUUUCCUUUUAUAUCUUCCGAAGGGAGGACCAAACUGAUUAUAGUACAAUAAGAUCUAGUAAGUCAGUUUGCCCCAAGCUAGGCAAAAGUCUAGUUUUACUAAAUUUCGGGCAGAGACGCAGGACGCAGGAACCUGUUAAUUAUGACACUCAAUAGUGAUAGUCAUCUCACUUCAGUCUCCAAGUUCAUUAUGACGUACUAUUUAGCGGUAGUACUAGUAGCCGGCAUUCAGGGGAAGUGACGCUAUGCUAUGUUGGGCCACUCGAACGGCCAAGCUGGCCACACGCAGGAGCAACAACAGUAGAAGUGGUGAUUAGCUUUGUGAGUGCAGGCAGAAUAGUUGCCGCUGAUCGGACCUUUCGCAGCACCAACUAGGCUGAUGAGUCGAUUUGAGAAUUAGAGGUCAUUUUGCAGUAGUAGAGGUUGUGAGCGUUGUACACUUCCCUUAACCGAUUCACAUGAUUGUGUUUUCUUAACAUUUCUCACGAGUUCAUACCAGUGACUCCCUCCGUACGCCGUCAUCAUACCGCAAAAGUUGUUUCUUCAUUACAGUUAAUAGCAUCGUUCGUUUGCCGUCAUACAACUCACUUAAAUAUUUCAUCGAUACACUGCAAAGUCCGGUCAUCAUAUAAAAAGAAAAAAAAAAAAACUAAAACCGCAAAAGUUCCAAAAGAUGUACAUUAUUGUGAAUAUACCCACUCGCCCGCCCGCCCAAAAAUCCCUUUCCUGCCCCAGUGUCGCUAGACAAGCCAACUUGUGACUGAGUACAUUACUGUUUGUAAAUACUUAUAACUCACGCUGCCCUUGCCCUCCACCCUUUCUCCCUUAUACCAGAGCGUGGCCACGAAGGAGGCCGCGUGCCUCUCGGCCCUCGCCAUACACUACAUGCAUACAGGCUGCUCAUGACAACGAGCUGCUUGUCUGGCCUAGGAUGGGCUGGCAUUGCAGUGCUGUUGUGCAGUUCACACGACCAUUCUCAACAUAUUGUAAAUACUUGCCUAUUCUCACUACCAAGCAACACUAGAGGAUAUCGUUGUUACAAAUUUCCUGUUGCAGUCUGCAAAAUAAGUGUCGACUUUUAAUCUUUAUUAUUUUAUUUUAAUUUUCAUUUUCACGAACCAUCGGAGGAAGACCUCAAAGUAACAUCACUGUAAAUACAUUUUAUCCUACGAUGUUUCACUGAUACCAGGUUAGAAUCGCAGUCUCGGAGGAAACUAGUGUGUCAAGCGAGUUUUAACCUGACAUUUGAGCGUCACGUCCCUUGCCAAGAGUAGCGUUGUCCAAGCCUGCAGCCAUCGCAUGUAAGAUGGCGAGAGGAGCGAUUCUGGCAUGAUAUUCCUGAGGAUUCACACUACCUGGAGCCUGUUGGAUGCAUCUCUCCCUGUUUUUUUUUUUUUUUUUUUUUUUUUUUUUUUUUUUUUUUUUUACAUCGUCCUCCUCAUCACCCUAACGCCCCUGCUCACCCCACCCAUCCACCUACCCUUGACUCCACUCCCUAUGGGUUAGACGGUCAUUCGCCGCUCACCCAAGGCGCCCUCUCCUCUGUAAGCUCUAAGCCCUAUCCAUGCCACUCCAUGUAAAACAGACAGGAUCUAUAACAAAAGAUGAACGUUUUCGUGCUGUGUGUACAUAAUAUAUUCUGUGUAAACACGUGAACGAGUUGAUAUCAAAUUUUGAGCUAAUUUUAAUCCAGUUUCCUUUGUCCUCUUCCUCUUCCCUCACCCUCCUGCCGCCCCCAAUCGCUGUAUUUGUAUGAAAGGUGUGCAGCUCCCCGAGAUGUGAUGAACAUUUUUUGUAUGAAGUCUUCGUAUUGAAAACAAAAUAAAAAAUAAUACAAUAAACAAUAAGUGAAGCAUAAAUUAUUAAUGUUAAGCAGUGGACAUGCAUUCACGAAUAGACAACUUUGUUUUUGGUUGUUAGUAACCAUAUCACCACCCCAAUCGUUGUUGAUUUUUAUUAAUUUCGUAUUUUCUGUUUCUUUGCCAACUGUACAUGUUAAUACGAGUGACAUUCGCCCGCCACAUUUGGGAGGACUGCAAGUGCUGUAAGAUAAUUUCACUGCAUCCACGGUACUUUGUCCCUCCCUCCCCCCACCACCUACCCUCACACUGACAUCCAUAAAUCAUACAGUAUCCACGUGCUAGCAUUAUAAUUUAUUCUUGUGAGUCAGUGGAAGAUUAAUAAUAAUAAUAAAAAAAAUCUGUUUCCCACCAUAAAAGUAAGUCGUGGACUGGCGAGCUUGUUGUCCGUGGCGGCGCGGGUCUGACGUGGGGGCGGCCAGCGGGGACGGGUUGCUGGCUACCUCCACCCCACACCCUCGCGUCGGUCCGGCAACUGCCAGACCAUCGUGUUGAUGCUCAUGUGUUUGUAAGCACAGAAGAAAAUAAAGUCUGAUAUUGUGAUGA